AGGCAGUGGUACAACAAGGUUCAUUCUUGCAUGCAUUCCCAUAUUCACAGAUGUCCGAAAAACGGUAUAAAAGAGCUGAAGAUUUUUUGAAUCAGCACAGUUGACCAAAGUUCAGCAAAUUCACCACUUCUACAAUGAACUCCAUGAUUGCCGUUGCCUUCCUCGCUGCCUUCGCAGUUGCCAAUGCCGCUGUUAUAGCCCCAGGCUACUAUGCAGCACCAAUCUAUUCUUCGAGACUCAUUACCUCUCCAUAUGCAUCUGUUCCUCUUUCAACCGAAGUGAUAGGGGGCGCUGCUUCAGAAGACACCGUAAUCGCAGGACCAUCAGGCACCAUUUCUACCUCUAAGAAUGUGGCUGGACCUUCUUCAGCAACCCGCUAUGCUCCUGCGUUGUCACCUGUUUACACUGCCCGUUAUGCUCCUUAUGUUCCUUAUGCUUACACCUAUGGUGGACUCUAUUUGUAACUGACACGCUGAUAUGAUAACGACGGUUUCGAUUAUUUGACAAUGAUGAGGAUAUGACGAUGAAAAUUUUAGUAAAUAAAGUAUUAAUUUAUAUUGUG